CUAUCGUAGUUCUUAAAGAAAAUUAUCUCUAACACCGUUGAUCUCUAGAACUCCAGUCACUUCACCGUUGAUCUGAAAAUCUCUCUCUUUGAUUCAUGGCUAUUGCUAACGCUUUCUUCACUUCACUUCGAUCAUCGGCGAUCUCCGACGCCGAUGCCGGCCUCUUCUCUCCGACGCCGAUGAACUCCUCUCCCGUCUUUCACGCAUUUUCCAGUUCAAACAUCAACACUUGUCGCCGGAAAAUGUAUACUGUUUCUUGCACUCUUGAUAGUGUUGAUAGUUGGUCACCAGCAUUAAAAGACGAGGAGGAGUCUGUUUCUGUUCCUUUGCCAGUUGUUCAGAUAAUUCAAGAUCCCGAAUGCGAUGCAACCACUGUGGAAAUUAGCUUUGGUGAUCGGCUAGGUCUUCUCAUUGACACGAUGAAGGCACUCAAAGACUUGGGCUUGGAUGUUGUGAAAGGAAUUGUUACGACCCAGGAUUCAGUGAAAAAGACAAAGUUUCUCAUUACGCGACUGGAUACUGGGCGCAAAGUUGAGGAUCCUGAUUUAUUGGAGAACAUCCGUUUGACCAUAAUCAGCAACCUUAUCAAGUAUCACCCAGAGUCCAGCGAGCGGCUUGCUAUGGGUGAGGCUUUUGGAAUUAAAGCACCAGAAAAGAAGCCUGAUGUUGAUAUUGCGACUCAUAUCCAUGUCAAAGAUGAUGGACCUAAGAGGAGUAUGCUGUAUCUUGAAACAGCUGAUCGAUCUGGUUUGCUGAUUCAAGUCGUCAAAAUAAUGGCUGAUAUUAACAUUGAUGUUGAAUCAGCAGAGAUUGAUACAGAAGGUCUAAUUGCGAAGGACAAGUUCUAUGUCAGUUACGGAGGGGCAGCAUUAAAUAGUUCUUUGUCUCAGGUGCUUGUAAACUGCCUGCGCUACUUCCUUAGGAGGCCUGAAACAGAUGAAGAUAGUUACUAACUAGCGAGCAUCCUCGUAUGUACACUUAUAUGUAUAACCUUGUCUGCUAAUCAAUGCAAGGGCUUGAGUCAUUUUCAUUGUCAUGUAACAUAUUAUGUCCGUUUUCUAAUUGAGUCGUAAUAUAGAUGCAAGAUCUGUCUCUUCCUUUACGUCAUGAAUAAACGGAACAAACUGACAGGACUACUAAUGUCAUGUAGAAUGUGCACAAUUUCUUACGAUUGUCAGUCUAUUGAAUGCAAAAAGCAUUGUAGCGGAGUCAGUA